CGCUCGGCCGCCGGCAGUCACGUGAGGCGCGCGCCAUGGCGGCCCCGGCGGACGGCGCCGACCUGGAGGCCUCGCUGCUGAGCUUCGAGAAGCUGGACCGCGCCUCCCCGGACCUGUGGCCCGAGCAGCUGCCCGGGGUUGCCGAGUUCGCCGCCUCCUUCAAAAGCCCCAUUACAAGUUCUCCUCCCAAGUGGAUGGCUGAAUUAGAAAAUGAUGAUAUUGAUAUGUUGAAGGAGUUGGGGAGCCUCACUACAGCUAACCUGAUGGAAAAAGUUCGUGGCCUGCAGAACCUGGCUUACCAGCUGGGACUGGAUGAAUCUAGAGAAAUGACUCGAGGGAAAUUCCUGAACAUCCUAGAGAAACCCAGAAAGUAGCUGCAUCUAGCAUUUGGACAAAAAUACCCCAACUAGGUCAUUUUAUGUACUGUGGAUCCAGAUGAAGCUCAGGAAGUCCAAGAAGAACAAAGCUCUCACUCUAGACCUGCAGAACAAACACCUCUUUUUGCUUCCACAGCUCAUCUCUUUAUGGGGGAAAUGAACGAUAUGCACAGGUCACAAGGACUGCAGUUGGUUGUGCUGGAAUUCAGACUUCAUCUGACCAUAGGAUGUCCAACAGGAGGACUGGGCCCUGACAUGCUGUGACACAGUUCCCUGUUUCAAUCAGCAGUUCAAAGUGAACAGCUAGUGUCCUUAUUCAGCUGUUCCCAGGGGCAGCCUGUUUGAGGAACACAGCAGAUGUGACACUGGCCAGGGUCCAUCAUGAGGCCUUGACCCUUCUGUGUCUUUUGUCUUAGAUGCAUUGAUCUCCCGUGUGCGCUGUCUGUGCUGAAGGAUUUGAGCAUAGUUUGGGGUUGACCAGGAGCGCUGGCUCAGCAGGACCAUGUGCCUUUAGUGUAGAAGCCAAGUGCAGUCUCUGCAGUAGAUUCCAGUUGCUCACUCCCUUCUGAGGAGCACGUCUGGUACUCCGAGGAGGAGCUCCAGACCUUCGUGUGACAGGAGCUUCGUUUUCCUGCCAGUGGUUCUCUAAGAGAAAUUGGAACUAACAGAGCACAGGGAGUAAGAAGUGUUACUGUGUCUCAAGGAAGAUACCCUCACAGAAGUUAUGGCCAGUACACGAAGAAACAGCUUUGUCAGUCCUCUGCAAUUCUUUGCUUCUCACAGGGCUAGAAACUGGAAAGAGUUAUAAAGUUGAAAGAUGGUGUUGUUUUCAGUUAUCACUCCCAAGAAGUGGCAACAGGACUGUUAGCCAGAUUGUGAAGAUGGUCUGCCUAUACAGGAUCUCGGCAUUUCUGAAAAUAAUGUUUUGUGGUAUUUUUAAUUUCUUAUAAACCAGCACCUCAAAAUUUUCUUCUCCUACAAAACCAGAAUUUUUAAGAUAGAAACUUCUGUGAGCUGUUCCCUUUCAGAAUGCUGUGAUUACAGUUUAAUGCCUUUUUCUUCUGUUCAUGCAAUUCUACCUAUUUACCCCUUAGAAGAGACACAGAGCAUGUUCAAACUUUUUGUUUUAUUUAAGAGAAUUUUUUUAUUUCAUUCCAUCCUCUUUCCUUUUCCUAGAAAACAACAUUUUAAGCAUUAGUAAAUAUGUUCUUUUUUAGGAUACAACAUAGCGUUGAAACAUAACACAUAACAACAUAUAACGUAACAUAUAACAUCAUGUUACUUUUACCAUGCAGGCCUUUCAAAACGUGUUAUUUCUCAGGCUGUAGUCACAUAUGAGAGGAGAAAUUGUUUGGAAAUAGUACAUGGAACAGGCUGUCCUUACAGCACUGCAUUUUUCUGGCUUUGCAGAGAGAGGAGACUCUUUUUGGGUGCAUGUGCAAUAAAGAGGGGGAGAUUUUUUUGAUCAAAUAGACUUCUGAGUUUUACUGAAUUGAUGGUGAUGCUUUGCUUUGUGGUCUGUGGUUUUGGUUAUUGCCAGUCAGAACCAGGCUUGUUUGGGACAGCUCUGGUUAACUGAGUUUAAGUAGUUAAAUCCUACAUCCUAGAAAGAUUCUGCACACAUUUAGAAAUAUCAGGAGCCUGAUUUAAGACUUAACAGAGUUAUUUCUGUAUUUCUGUCCGUCACAGUUUAUGCAGGGCAGAGCUUAACUGGAACUCCAUCCCUUGAGAACAUGAGAAUUAAGACAGAUGAAUGAAAAGAGAAGCUGAAAGUGGUAGUUCAGGAGCAGAAGAAAACCCAAUGGUGCAAACUGAUGUUGAUGUAGCUUUAAGCAUUGAAUUAUAGAUUUGGAAUGCAAAUUUAAGUUUUUAUACUGUAUAUGUAAUAUAUGUACACAUAUAUGACAUAAUGGGAUACUUCAUCUGUAUCACCAGUAUUAGUUUCUGCAUUUUAUAGAGGUUUCUUGGUCCAACACAUUAAGGAAUUGAGAUCUGAAAAGAGGAUAUAAGAAAAUAUAUGAAAACCUGUCCUGGAACUAUAUAUGUAUUUUCUGAUAUGUGCAGUAAGAAUUUUCAAACUCUAGGUAGUUUAUAGUAACAUACGUAUGUUAAAAAAAAAAAAAAAUCUCCUUUUAUUAUACACAGUAAUCAUCUUCUAUAGGGCAGCCAUUAACAUAUGCUUUAGAACUGUGAUUUUUUUUUUUAUUUUGUACUUAUUAUCUGUAGAGAUGAGUCAAUGAUGUUCUUUUUUUUAUUGACGAUAUUUAUAUGUAUUGAUGUGCGUUAGCCAGAGAAUUUCUUUCUGUUUGUUAUUGCAUUUUGGUUUAAUAAUAUGCAAAUGCAAACCUCAGAGGUUUGUCUGGGUUUCCAAAAUAGCCCUCUGAGAUGCAAAAGCUUUUGCUUGGCCACUUAGACAAUACUAUUCCUCAGGCUCUUCUUCACUUAUCUGCAUAACACCACCUCAGGGUUUGGCCUGUGGAUGUUCCAUUCCCAUCAGUAAAUAAAUAUUUGUCAAUAUCCAAAUGCUACUAAGGGUUUUCAUACCCUUUGAACCCUAUUUUUUCCUUCAGUGCUAUCCUUCCUGACAUCCACGUGGUUAUCUAUCUAUACAAGAAAAUCUGAGUGACUUUUUGUUACUGAUGGGAAUGAAAAGCGUAAGAAAAUCAAGAUUUGGUAAUACUAAUCAAGCUGAGUAUAUAAAGUCUUUUAUGAAGUGUUUUCAUGUAUUGGAAUAUUAAAUGUGAGUUUCUUGGAGGUAAAGUCAGUAUUUAUUUGGUUUCUUUUAAAUGCCAGUAUUACACACAUUCAGUUAUAAAGGCUAUUCAUUUCAGUCUUGGGCUAUCAAAUGCUUUGCUAUCUAAUCCAACUGAGAAGAAAUUCUUGUUUGUUAUGUUAAUCAUUAUCAAAAUAAAAGUCUGUGUGCACUGGCAAUUGAAUAAUGUGAUACUCCAUUUAACUCAGUCUUUUGCCAUUACAAAAUCAACAAAUUUGUAACAGUCCUGUAACUCACAGUUCUCAACUUUGAUUCAUAUUUCCCUCAAAAAGACACCUAGAAAUGACGGAUUAGUGAAAAUUGACUAAUCUGUCUUGGAGGUAAGAUUUGAACCUUAUUCUGGUUUUUCUGAUUUUUAUAUUAUGUAAAAACGUAAGGUGCUAUUACAAGUCAAAAAAUGACCUUGCUAUCACAAGCCAGUCUUAUCUGUAAUCUCUUUGCUUAUAAACAGUUGUAGAAGAAUAGGGAAGGAUAUAAACAAAAAGCUUACACAGUGAUUUUGCAUUAGAGUAACUUACAUAGCAUCCAGCAAUGUUUUAAUUGAAUAUGGUCCACAGUAGACCCUACCCUCCAUACAUUUUUCUUAGUCCUAAUUUUUCUAUACUUCUGACCUGAAAAAUGCCCCAGGAUAGUGAGUUCCAUAAUUCAGUUAUACAAAGAAAGGUUAAAAAUUAAAACAAAAAGAGGUGGAGGGGAAGUUCCUUUAAAUCUGCUUACCUAAUAAUUCUGUUUUGAACCUUUCAUUUCUUUUAUUGUCAGGAACGGUUGUUUGGAUUUUUUCUUCUUUGUUUUCUGUGCACUACUCAUGGUUUUUCAGGUUCUGGUAUGGUUUUUGUUCUGUGGUUAUGUUCACCUUCCUUGUGUUCACAAUAUUCAAUGGUCUGUCUUCUAUUGCAGCCUGAGCUGGCAUAAUUAAAAUUGCAGAGUACUCCUAGUGCAA